ACACAGGUAAAUAUUCGUCACAUGACUGGAUUUCCAGGAAGGUGUAUAGUGAUGCGCGGGUGUUGCGGGUUCCAGGCGUAGUAACAAGCAGACAAGAUGACUGCCGUGGCCCCCGUGGAACACAGCACAGUGCCCAGGGAGCUCCAGUUUAAAGUGCUCGUUAUUGGGGAGUUUGGCGUCGGGAAAACGGCUGUGAUUCGACGUUACACAGAAGGCCACUUCAGUCCAUAUUACAAGCUAACAAUUGGGGUGGAUUUUGCUGUCAAGACUUUGGACUGGGAUACCAAGACCAAAGUCACUGUCCAGCUUUGGGACAUUGCUGGCCACGAGAGAUUUGGCCACAUGACCCGUGUCUACUACAAGUAUGCGGUGGCAGCAAUUGUUGUAUUUGAUCUCUCGAGACCCCCAACAUUUGAGGCAGUUCUCAAGUGGGUUAGUGACAUUCGUGAUAAAGUGACUUUGGGAGAUGGCCGCCCUCUACCUGUGUUGUUGCUGGCAAAUAAAUGCGACAUAGAUUCCAUCAGCAUACAACCAGAAGUCAUCUCCAACUUCUGCAAGCAACAUCAUAUUGAUGCAUGGUUCCUUACAUCAGCCAAAGAAGAUAUUAAUAUAGGAGAUGCAAUGAAGUGGCUUGUUGGGCGUAUUUUGGAGGUGAGAUCAAAUUCACAAAACAUGAUACCUGUAAUCCGUACUCUAGCUCCUGAGGAUCCCCCUGAGAAGCCAACAACAUAUUGUUGCAGAUGAGGAGAUAAAUUGAUACUGUUUUGGUGAAGCUGCACAGGUGAAGAGAACCUGACAUUCCAAGUGGCUUUCAGGGCCCAAGUUGAGCAACUUUUAACUGCCAGUCAUUGUUGAAGGCAUGAGCAGUGUAUCCAGGGAAGUGUUAGCCUUCGGCUGGAAGUUGCAACCGAGCUGGUGAGGAGAAAUCUUGGUUUUUGGAGAUGGAAAAGUUGAGCAGCUGCUUUUAUCACUACAAAUUGUGGUUGAGGACAGGCAGCUCCCUCAUUGUUCUUAUUUAUUGUCUGGUUUUAGUAAUUAAGGAAAUGAUUUUUAUUAUUGUUCACUCUAGUCAUUAAUGACAGAUUUUUUACAUAUUUUUUUAAAUACCAAAAGUACAGUAUUGGAAUUAUUUUUCCAUUAGCUUAUAAGUUAAUUUUAAGUGAUUAUUAAAGACUUGAUAAUUGUUUUGUCUUGUAUAUAUAGUGCUUGCAUUUUAAUGCCAAUCACUUGUUUAUAAAUAUUUCAUAUGUAUAUUCCUUAUUCUUUUAAAUUUUUGUCUGUAUAUAUGUUUUGUCUUUACAAAGUGCCUGAUCAAAACCUCAUCCGUCCAUUGUCUAGCCAAUACUGCUAGAAACAUUUGCAGUGGCAACUUUGCAGUUGCUUGUUUAGUGAUACUAGCAUAUGGUGAAAAUGUGCUUUAUCGAAACUAUGGGACUUGCAGCCUAUAAGUGGUUUGUAUUGUGCCCUUUUUCAUGUGGUUGAAGAAGUGAUGCAUCAUUACUUCAUUUUGUAGUACAUCUGUGCAUUAAUUAAAUUUUAUGGAACUUUGUAUCCUGCUUUAAAUUUUGAAAUUACAAAAUACUUUCAUGCUUAUUGAAUUAGUAUCCAGAUCUCAAAUAUGAAGUACUGUACUGCAUUAUGAUAUCAAUCAAUUUGUGGACCUCCAUAUUUUGGGAAUAAAAUGUUUGAGGAAACCUCACAUUAUGUUUUCACAAAGUGAUACCGUACUGUAAAAACAUUUAUAUUUGUAAUAUUAUGUAAGUUUUUUCAUGAAAAUCUGGAUCACCUGUAUUGUUUUCUGAUGGUUAACAGGUGUCUGGAAUGAACCAGAUGUGUGACCUGUUACUAACAGUCACGUAUAUGUAUAUAUAUAUUUUGCUAUAGUGAAAAAAUACAUAUCAAGCCGUUUGCUAUUUAUAAACAAUUAUUAAAGGUGCUAAGGAGAGUAAUAAAGACUUCCUAAAGCACACCAGGAGCCGUCCUGAACCUCGCUACUGUUUCUUGGUCUAGCAAGAUGCCUUCUCAUUCAGCAAGAAAAUGAUGUAAAGGUUGAGAUUACACUACACUGUAAUGUAGCUAUCUACUUAGUACUGUACUGUACUGCCAGAUAAUGUGAUUUUCCAUAGAAAAUAAUUAUCAUAAUGAAGUAAUGUACUGUAUCUUGUAUUUUAAUGACAGGAAUUAUUAUAUCCUUUGGAAAAACUAAGGCUUAAAUUUGUCAGUGUUUAAACAGUAAUAACCAAGUGAUGCUGUAUUUGAUUAGUAUGAAAAUAAUGUUACAUUGUACUCUAUAACAAAUUGUUCUUCUGCUGUUACUAAAGAUAAUUACCGUAAAUAUUUUUUUUUUUUUUUUACCAUCCCUGUAGGAUAUUUGAAAUGUUCUAAAACAAUAAACGAUUUUGAUGUUGGAAGUGCCUGCUCUUUUUUUUUUUUUUUGUGCCUUUUUAAAGUCUUUCGGAAGUUUAUACAAGAUCUGUACAUUUGUAAUGGUGAAAUAUAGUAGUUAGACUUCCUGUCAGUAUGUAAGCAAGCAUUGUAACAAUGCAUUGUGAUUUCUUGGUAUAAUAGUAUACUUCUCGGAAUGUACUGGAUAUCACUACAUUCUGAUACAUACUAAGUGACCUUAGUACUUUGUAUUAAGGUCAAGUGCCAUUUGUUUUCAUACUGUCUAGAGUGCUGCAUUGUGUGUACAUAUUUUAACACUGCAACACUAGCAAUGAGAAUAAGUGCUGAUGCUGCAUAAAUAACUGUUAAAAGCUAUUUAUUCACUGUGAUUCAUAUUUUUAUAUAGAAUAUCAGGUUAUACUGUGAACUUUUUCAAGACUUUCGUAGAUCAAUGCCUGUGAUAGCGUUUUUGUUUUAUAUAAGUGGAGGUUAACAUAUAUUUUAUGGCCUGCCUGUAAAUGACAGUUGCUUUUCUUAUACAAGCCCACAGAAUUCUUCAAGAAUUUAAAAUAUGCAUUAAUGGCACGUGAAACUGAGUUAGUAAGUAAAUGAAAGUUUCAUUUAAAGAUGAUUAGAUUUAAUUAUUAAAGCAUAACUGAAGAAAGGAAGACUUUCAAUAAAGUUAUGUUGCUUUCAAUAAAACAUGAUUGUCAUUGCAUAUCCAUAAGAGUUACAACAGGUGUCUGCUGUGUUGCCAUGCUAUCUAAAUUCAAUGUUACCAAAGUCGUAAAAGCAGCAUUCUAAAGAAUUGGGUGGAUAAGGAGAUACAAGGCUAAGCAUAGAUGACUACAAGAUGUGUGUUGUACAUCCCUUAUCUUGGGUGCUAGCGCCUGGUGGUUAAGAAUGGUGCAUGUGUUCUCUACAGUGGCUACACAGAUAUGUACUUCAUGUGAAGUACACACCUGUGUAGUUCUACUCAUGAAGUGUACACACAUCAGCAUGCUCUUCAUGUUUCUUGAAAAGUAGCAAGCAUGAACAGCUAGGCUUUUAAAAUAUAAUUAUUCUGUUACAUAGUUAUGUCCUGGAAAAAUAAACAUUAUCAAAACUUUGGAGCUGUGUAUUUAUAAAAUUAAUAAGAGUUAUUCAUAUUAAUUUUUUGACCAAGAAAUAAAGGAAGAUUAAAUGCAUUUAUCGUUCUGGUUAAAAUAAUUUGUUAGAACUGUAAAUUGAUAUAUACUGGUGAAUAAAUAUAAAUAUAUUAUAUAUAUAUAUAUAUAUAUAUAUAUAUAUAUAUAUAUAUAUAUAUAAUAUAAUAUAAUAUAAUAUAAUAUUUAUUUUAUUCACCAGUUUAGUUGAUCAUAUGAUGACUAUAGUUCAAUAUCACAAAUUGAGUAUUGUUAAUAAAUUUAUUAAUUCUAAGAGUAUGUUCACCUUGGGGUUAAUAGUUUUAACAGAAUACCUGUACUCUAACAUCAAGUCCAAAAUGUAAGUAAGUGCAGGUUCAUCAUUUUUGUUAAGAAUGGUUCAUGAACAUUGUUGAAUGGAGGGCAAGACCUGAAAUGUUUUCCAGACAUUGCUGUACAGCCUUUUCAUCUUUCUAUAUGCUUUAAGUAGGAUGAUUGAAAAGGAAUUCUCUGAAAAUUUGGCUGACUUCCCUUACCUUUUAAUGAUUUACUAUCUAUAGGAAAUAAUUAAUUUUUACUAUACCUCAUUUUCCUACUCAAAACAUUCUUGUACAAAAUAUGUAUCAGCUGCUGCUUUUUUAGUUUAAUAUAUUCUUCAUACACUUUUUUUAACCCUCAGGGAACUCUGACAAUUUAUUACUUCUUGACCACUGCCUGCAUUGAAAAACCUGCCCCCUCCUUGCUCUCCUUUAUAGUCUUUUAUAUAAUGGCUUCUCUUUCUGGAUAACCACAAUGUGUUCCCUCUUAUGGUACAUACAUUACCUUCAUGGAGACUUCCACUUGUUACAUUUGUGUAAACUCUAUCCUGAAACGCCUUAUCCCUUGAACUUUUUCAUUGACAUGUUUGGGUGAUAUGGUACUCCGUCAUUAUGUUCAUUGGCCCUCCUUGGUGCCUCCAGGUAACUAGAAGCCUGUAGUAAGCAAGUGCUGACUGCACAGAUAAUGAACUGAACUUGACAGUAAGCUUUGUUGGGGGUUAUAUGUACUGUACUGGUUUACUUAGUAUUCAUAAGUGCAGUUUCUGUGAAUGAGUAAGAUCAUUGGCUAUUUUGUGUCAAAUGGGGAGCCAAGAUGUUUGUGAAUUAUUUUCUUCUGUAGUAUAUUCUGAAGUAAGAAAACCAGCUGUAUGUAUAUUUUUCACAGUAUUGUUAAAGUCUCCCUCCUCUACAUCUGAAAUAGUAAUUCCAAAUUGCAGGUGUCGUUUUUACACCUUCUGGCAGCAAAAUAUAAACUUUCCACUUUGAUAUCACACUCAUGAAUACUAAGAGCAUAAUACUUAUUUUUUAUUAAAUUACUAUAUAUGAACAUUAAGUAAUAUUUUGUAUUUUUUUACUAAUUUAUAAUGUAGAUCGUGUUUACUGAAUAUAUUUUUUCAUUGAAUAUCAUUUAUCUUAAGGGUUUAAUUAAAAUUAUAGGUACUAAUUUUAAGGGGUGACAGACCAAUUCACAGGGGUUUAUUAUUACAUGAAAUUUGAAUUCUGAAAGUGCUUUAACACAGUGUCUCAAUAAAAUGUACACACUCAAAUGAUAGAGUAAUUUUGAUCUAAUAUGGGAUCAAUAUCUAAUAUGGGAAGGCAAAUGGGGUACCUUUGACAAGCCACUGGCUUCCUGACCUCGUCAAGGCAACUAGCGUUAGUGGCCCUCAGGUAAUUCAAGUAAAUAUUAGCAAGUGUGAUCCAAUGUUUGUCAUUUGUUUGCUGGGCUUAAUGCCUGCUAAUUCAUCCAUGAUAAUUUUAAGGCAAAUGAUGCCAUAAUUAUGAUGUGUAUUAACAUAAAGCAAUGUAUAUAUAACCCAAAUAAUGUAAAAAAAAAAUUCCCUGUGAAAGAAAAUGGAAUACCAACCAACUUUGUGUCCAAAACGGUUACCUUGUAGGAACCAAAUUUGUUUAGUGGGCAAACCACACUAGCACUCUAUUAUAGCUAAUAACAGAGGGAGCAUAAAUAAAUUAUCUUUAUAGUAAAAAUAACUUUUUCUUACAUCAAACCACCUUCAAUGUUUUUAUUUUGUUUGAUCUGCAAACAAUCAUUUAUUUUGUUUCAUCAUGGUCAAAUAUUUUGUUUAGCAUCAUUCUGUAUUUGAAUGUCAAAAGAUUGUUUGGAAUUGUAUCCUGUAUUUUAAAAUUUAAAGAAAAUGACUAAACAUUCUGAACUUUGUUAUGGGUAACAUACUGUUUUGUGAAAAUUAACAUCAGUAGUUGUAUGAAAGUACAGUACCAAAUUAAUUCAGUUGCUAAUAAUUGUACUGAGGAAGUUUUGCCACAUUGUUAUUCUAUUGUGAAUGGUUGAAUAGUCAGAACCUCAACAUAAGAAAAUGAAGGUGUGUGCUUUGCAUUUUAGCUGCUAGAAAAUUUAGAUAGAUUAUUCACUUUCCCACAUCUUUUUUAAGUACUGUACUGUAUUGUCCUGAAUAGAAAUGGAAAGCUUUACGUCACAGAAAUCAUUGGUACGUAUGUGGGGCCUUUUGAUUAUUUUGAAAAUUUAUUGAUUCUAAGCUGCUUUUUGUGAUGAAUAUCUAUCUUGGCUUUCCUAGUCAUCAUAGAAAAUGGCCUCAUACUUAAUAAGAUCUGUUGGUUUUUGAAUGAUGAUGUGUGACUUAAAGACAUUGCAAAAAUGCUUAGAACUGCCAUAUUUUGUUAAACAUUAAUAUGAUAUGCAAUAUUAUUCCAUUAACCUGUCAGUGAAGGGGAGGUAGAUGAACUUUAUAGAUAAAAAUUAACUUCACAAGCAUAACAUAAAUUAGUAACAUGAGUAUUUCCUAAAAUAAAUUAAAAUUUACAUACAGCAUAUGGAGGCUUAGUAGUCUAUAAGUUAAAAUUCUUAUUAAAAACUGAAAUAAGGUCAUAAAAUGCAGAUUUGGCAAGCAGUGUUGUGACUUUACUAGAAAAUUAAAUAUAUUAAAAUACUUCAAGAUUUGGUACUUUUAAUUUGAAUUGCUUAGAUUUAUAAACAAACAAAAAAAAGGUUGAAAUGCAAUUUUUAUAUUCAGAAAAAAAAAGCCUCUAGCAAACAAAUCUAAAUUCAAUAAUUAUUUACAUGAAGGAUGACCAAGGCAAUGUUAGUACAUUUUGGAACUGGAAAAUUGCUAGACAUACUGGUGACAGGUGCUCUUGUAGAAGUUUAGUAAUCAAGUAAUGAAGCAUUGUACUCCUAAACUCACAUGUGCACCUGCAAAAGUUCAAAUAUUAUACAAAAUCAUGAGUGUCAUGUUACUUUUAAAAUGAUUAACUGAGUUACAUGCUUAACUAAAAGAUCUCAUCUUCCCUUCAACAUCAAUAUUGCUGAUCAAAAUAUCUUCACACUGUUAAAUCGCACGAAUAUUUUGAGCAAUAGGCCGAUAGAGUAAAAUUAUAUUGAUAAAUUUGUAAAGAUUUGCAAUGUUAAAUAUUUUAUACAAAUGUUUCAUAAAUGCCUUUUGUGGCUGCUGGGCAGACCACCAAACACUACCUGGUGUAGUGUGGCAAUGAAUCUUGGUAUUUGUACUUAAUAUAAACUUUUAAUGCUGUUAGUCAGUGUAGGUACUCAGGUACCGUAGUAUUAGCCUUUAGUGUGACCAGAUCAGUGAUAAAAAGAUGCUUUACUUUGUAGGAUUAAGGAUUGAUUUCCUUAGUGACUGUGUAGUGUCAACUGCUUUUGUAAAAUUCAGUGUACUGUAUUGUCAAUAAAUGCUAUCAGGACCUAAUGGAAGUCUCCAAGGUACAAUGACAAUUGUAAAAUCAAAUCUUACCCUAUUUUGAAAGUUAUCAGGGCUGUAAUGUUGAAAGAAAUCAGGUUCCAAUUCAAAUGGCCUUUUGCUUAUUUCAUUUUUAAUGUUGGCACAUGUACAGUAUGACAGUGCAGGAUUUGAUGUAGUGUGUUUAACAUGGGUAAAUAUUCAUGGAAAAAACUGGUGUAUGUAUAUUUGUACUAAAGUGGAAUAUAUUAUGGACUUGAACUAUAUACAUAAGGUUUUUCUUGUUUAUAUUUGUUUCACAUAUAAUAAUUGCAAUUUUUCACAGAAACAGACAUGUUAGAACAGAUUCCUGGCAUAAUCUUACCAGAUUUUUGGGCAGUGUAAAAUUUUGUUGGGAAAAAAUGCAUUCCAAGCUAACUAAAACUCUGAAGCAGUGUGACCUACACAUGUAUUUGUGACCUUAAUAUACUAGCUAUGAUGGUUCCUCCCUGUUUAUAAUACCUACCAUACAAAAUUGUAGAACUAGUGUGCCCAAAAUGAUGCAUGUGGUUAGUGGCUUAUAAAAAUAUAAAUAGCUAUUA